AUGUUUUUCAUGCCCUCUGCCGUUUGCGUCGUCCCUCUUGACACAGGUUUCGUCGAGUGGAAUGUUCAACUCAGCAUGUCUGUAUGGGCUCGAACGUCUCCAGCGGCGAGCGCACAACGGCGGACGAGCAGACACCGCAAGGUAGUGGAACAGCACGCACCCAACGUCGUGAUCAAUGGCACUUACGUAGCAAAGAACAGUUAUUUCGUUAUCGGGCAGCUCUUAAUAUUGCACACGAGAACACAAUUGACCGGCAGAAUGAAGUUGAUCGGAGCCAUGAUGGUAUUCUUUAUGGGUACCCUAGCGGCAGAGCCGCUGGGCGAGCUAGAAUGCCAUAUAGAUCCGGCCUUGCGCCAAUCAGGAGUCCCGGAUCCAGAAGGAGCUUACCUUGCUACCUGCUUUAGAGAGCCAAAGGCAGGUGUGGAUGACGGCUCCAGAAUCACAAUCAACACCAAGGCCACACGGGCCCUCUGCAAAACAACGGGGGGCAAAUACUGUGCUUCCUCAUGCAUCCUAUCCGGGAACCAAUUUACUGAGAAAGACCUCAAAGAGGGUUGGGAUGCUGUUUGCGAAGAGUUGUAUGCCAUCUGCAAAAAGAAUGGAAGUAAAAGGGUGGGCGUGUUCCCGGCCCCUCAGAAGCUGCCAUCUUCAUGUUAA